AUGGCGUCACUGCUACCACCAAUCACUAAAAUCUCAACCAAAGGAAUCUUGAGUUCAGCGGCAAUCAGCAGUUCCGUUCAAGCCAUUCCACGCGGUGGAGGAGGAACAACCUCGGUGGAUUUGUCUCGAUUGUCCCUCGAAUUCAGCGCCAUGAGCUCCUACGCCGUCGUGGCCAGUUUACUGCUGGGCUCUGGUCUGUACUUGUUUGCCAUUACCCCAUUGACAAUUCCAGAUCCUGGAAAAGGACCACCGCAAGACACCCGCCUUUCCAAAUGGGCGACAGCCCUUUUCGCUGUCAUGGUAUCCGUGAACAUUGCCAUGUCCUUACAUACGGUCCUGACCUUUAAUGUCAUGAAUCUAUAUGCCAAUACUGCACUCGGAAAAGGAAUGGACGACGCGUACAUUGCCUUUUGGGACGCUCCCUUCAUUCGGAAUUUGAGAGGAUCGGCCUUUCGAGCCUUUUUGGUGGCCAUUCGAAGUUUCAAAGUCAGCUUUUUGCUGUCCGUCUUUCUCAAGACCAAUGGCAAACACAAGUGGGUUGCAACAGCUCUAGCGGCAUGGCUGAUGAUCUGGUCUACUUUUCAAAUGGAAGGAAUGAUACAAGUUGCCGGUCAAACUAUUUUCAAAGCGGCCAAGGCUUCCGCUUCCAUGUGA